GUGAACUACUAGCUCCGCCCCCCGCGGGUCGCACCAGGAGCAGUAAGGACGGAGCCGGUGACGGAGACAAACGCUCCUUCUGCAGUUCUGAGUAACUCUUUUCUUUGUCCCGUUCCUCGGGUUCUGCCCGGCUCGGUUCUGCUCGGCUCGGUUCGGUUCUGCUCGGCUCGGUUCUGUUCUGCAGCGGCGCAGAGAAACACGGAAAGUUUCGUUAGUCUGGGAUCCCGGAGAGCGGGAUCAGAGACCCGGUGGUCCCGCCUGGUCUUGAACUUCCAGAGCGAUCCCGCACGCAGCUGAAGACGUGAACCCGAUCCCCGCGACCGAUCCGGACUCUGAUCCGGACUCUGAUCCGGACUCUCCCGGCUUCAGUCCUCCCGGACGCACAUGGGCGGACCGGGUCUCUGCGUGCACGCGGUCCUGCAGCGGAUCCGACCCGGUUCUGGUUAAUUGAAGACAUGCAACUUCUGGACCGUUUGUCCUGCGGGAGAAUGGAUUACCGCCGCGGAGCCUGCCGGGAAACGACCCGUCCAAACCAAUGAAGCGGCGAUGAACAUUGAUUAUUGAUUGCCACAAAGAAGAAGUGAUUGAUCUGCGAUCCGCGGGGCUCUCCGGGGGGGCUUUUGAUGUGUUCUGGUUCCGGUCCGUGCGGGUCUCAGAGCUGAAGAGAAGAGCCGGAUGUUCGGCGGGACGCAGCGCUCCGCCACGCCGCACAUGGAGCGCUCCGGGCGGCCGCCGUCGCUGCUGCUGCUCGGCCUCCUGCUCCGCGUCUGCUCCGCCGUCACCGACGACCGGCUCAUCUCGGACCGGUACGCGGUGUUCUGGAACAGCUCCAACCCGAGGUUCUUUCGGGGCGAGUACACGGUGGAGGUGGCCAUCAACGACUACCUGGACAUCUACUGUCCGCACUACGAGUGGGCGGAGCCGGACGAGCGCAUGGAGCAGUACGUGUUGUACAUGGUGAACUACGACGGCUACACCACCUGCGACCACCGCCGGAAGGGAUUCAAGCGCUGGGAGUGUAACCGCCCUCAGAGCGCCAACGGGCCGCUCAAGUUCUCCGAGAAGUUCCAGCUGUUCACCCCCUUCAGCCUGGGCUUCGAGUUCAGGCCAGGACACGAGUACUACUACAUCUCUUCUCCGCCUCCGAACAUGGCGGCAAAACUCUGUCUGAAGCUCAAGAUCUACGUGAAACCAACCAAUGACUCCGUGUACGAGUCUCCGGAGCCCUUUCUGACCGACGACACCACCGGCGGCUGCAGCCUCGCUCUGCCCCGCCUCCCCAUGCUGUCCGCCACGUUGCUCCUCCUCCUCAUCCUCCUCCUCGCCUCCUCAUAGCACCUCCUCCAACCCCUUCUCCUUCCUCCGUUUGGACAGAUCUCCGUCCGCCUGUCCGAGGAAACUUGGGACGGGGAAAAGAAACCCAGCGCCCGACUCUCCCUGACCUCUUGACCUUUACCUGAACCUCAGCCAAUCAGACGAGGCUGAGGUCACUGGUGGGAGGAGCCUGGAGCUUCUUUUUGAGUCUCUGCUGGGAUCUUCAUUGCUAUGUGGAUGCUUCUGUUCUGAGAAAGUCCAGACUCCUUUGACUCCCUCGUUAAUUUAUACGUUGUUGUGGUGUGUGUGUGUGUCUGUGUGUGUGUGUGUGUGUGUGUGUGUGCAUACACAAACACACACAUGUAUCUCUGUAUUUCCACUUUAGUUCGGUAUAUUUCUAGACUUUUAUUUUCCUGCUGCCAAAGUGAAACCUGAGUUUAAAUUCAGAUGCAACAAUUUAACUUAAUACAUUUUCUUACAUAAACCUUUAGCGAUUAGCGAAUCUUAAGGGUGCCCGUGGUUAGUGUGUUUUAUGUCCUCGUCAUGAAUCUACAAGCGAGCAUUCAAUGAAGAACCCACGAGUAGUUAUGUGAAAAACAAUCGCAACCUGGAGCUGACUGAAGAUCCAGAAUGAUGAAGGUGUAUUGUUCCUUUAUACGUUUUUGUGCAUGAAGUGAGAUUCCGCGGCAGGUGAACAGCAAACGCGGUCAGAGGGUGAUAUUUAUGAUGGUGUGUCCGAGUCACUCUAGCGCUCCUCGUCCGUUAGCACUGAAACAUUUAGAGCAUUUUUAAAAAUCUUUGGUGAAUAACUAAACUGUAAACCCGUACACUUUACAUACUCAUCCAUUUGUUCUGGAGUUUCAGUUAACUUUUUCUUCUGUUCCAGCUGAAGAUGUUGAAUCAAUCAAAGCAAACGACUUUGCAUGAAGUAAAUGUUACACUAUUGAUUUGAUAUAUGCAGAACCCCUGAAAAUCCCUGAUUUGAAACAAUUACAAUUGUAGCAUACUUGACAUUACUUGAUAAGAUAAUUCAUUUAAAUCCAGAUUUAAAGUCAUGAAUAACAACUGCCGGUUCACAUGUCAAACUAAGUUUGAGAUUUGACUGGCGACAAAUGCUAAGAUACAGAGAUACAAAGUUACAAUGCUAAGAAGCAGUAUAAGUUACUAUUGCCACACAUACCUAUUGGUAAAGAUAACGUAGCUUCACCGGGCUACUGGAUGAGCUAUGGUAGCUUUGCAGACCUACUAGACGAGCUAGCGUAGCUUCACAGACCUACUAGACGAGCUAACGCAACUUCAUAGACCUAUUUGACAAGUUAACAUAGCUUCACAGAACUACUUGACAAGUUAAUGUAGCUUCACAGACCUACUAGACGAGCUAACGCAGCUUCAUAGACCUAUUUGACAAGUUAACGUAGCUUCACAGACCAACUUGACAAGUUAAUGUAGCUUCGCAGACCUACUAGGCGAGCUAAUGUAGCUUCACAGACCUACUUAACAAGUUAACAUAGCUUCACAGAACUACUUGACAAGUUAAUGUAGCUUCACAGACCUACUUAACAAGUUAACAUAGCUUCACAGAACUACUUGACAAGUUAAUGUAGCUUCACAGACCUACUAGACUAGCUAACGCAGCUUCAUAGACCUAUUUGACAAAUUAACAUAGCUUCACAGACCUACUUGACAAGUUAAUGUAGCUUCACAGACCUACUAGACGAGCUAACGUAGCUUCACAGACCUACUAAGCGAGCUAACGUAGCUUCACAGACCUAAUUGACAAGUUAACAUAGCUUCACAGACCUACUAGACUAGCUAACGCAGCUUCAUAGACCUAUUUGACAAGUUAACAUAGCUUCACAGACCUACUUGACAAGUUAAUGUAGCUUCACAGACCUACUAGACAAGCUAACGUAGCUUCACAGACCUACUAGGCGAGCUAACGUAGCUUCACAGACCUACUAGGCAAGCUAACGUAGCUUCACAGACCUACUAGGCGAGCUAACGUAGCUUCACAGACCUACUUGACAAGCUAACGUAGCUUCACAGACCUACAGGAUGAGCUAUUGCAGCUUAGCAGACUUGCAGACAAUCCCAAUAGAUGAAAACAAAAAUAAACAAUAUUAAUUAAGUGUUCAGCCCAAAUCAAUACUCUGAUUAAACUUCUGAAGGUUUCGGAUCUUUUGGCUAAUUCAUACAAACGUAAUCAUCUGGUUGAGUACAAAAGUAAUAAUCAUAAAAAAAACCUUUUCAUUUUGUGUUUUUUCAAUAGCAGAUGGACUUUUAUUUCUGUAAAUCUGCCAAAGACUAUUGAUUCACUUUUCUAUAAGAUGGAAAGUCAUACAGCAGCUACUGUGGUCAUCGUGACCACGCCCAUCUCUGCCAUAGGAGGCGGAACUAUGAGAGGAGGAGGAGUCUGGUCUAUUUCUCUUUUUUCUAUACUGUGUUUUUGUUGUCAAUAAAAUAAAAACGAAUGUUAAACGCAAAACAAAAAUGAACCAAUCAAAAAUGGCCUUUUCCCCACUGGUGCUGAAUUUUAUGUCAUUGACUGACGUGUUUUCUGGGAAACAGCGACGCCACGUGGUCCUGAGGACUUUUCUUUAUUUCUCUUCAUCUUCACGAUCUCCGCUGAUGGAGGACAAGUGUGUCUCCUUGGACAAACAAGGGCAUGCUGGGAAAUGCAGUAUGUGUAAACGAAAGCACUGUGAUGGAGGGUGGGUUGGAAAACUGACUUUGCUUCUUGUUUAUCGGUACAAAAACAGCAAACGUUUUUUCUUUGAUGUUCGUGCCAUUUUGUCAGUUUUAAAAAAACGCAGGGGAAAAUUCAUAUGAGAUAUGAAUUCAUGAAGGAUUCAGAUGUUUGUUGUUAUUGUUGCUGCUGUUGUCGUUGUUUCCUCUUAUGUUCCUGCUUGCAUCACAAUAAAUUCUUGUACUUGUAGUCCUGUUCUUUUGGGUCGUGUGGGUUUUAAGUUUUUCUCAUUACCCGCCUCAUUUUUCUGUGUAUAGAAUCAGUUUUUUGUGGCGUAUGAAAUGUUAUUAAAGCAGCUGGAGGAGAGAAAAAGUACCGGAACCCGUUCUGAUGCUGGUUUUGUGAGAGGGGGUGAGACCUCCACGAUGUCCUUCUUUUACAGUGUCUAUGAGAAGAUUUUUUUUUUACAUAGAAAUGUCUGCAUAUUGUAUUCUCUAAAAGACGAAAAAACAAAUCUGUUUUUCUAUAUUUUCUUAUUGGAUGCUUAUAAAGUCCUGUUGAAUAUUGCAAUUAUCCGAUUGGCUAGAGAGCUUACGCGGGGUCGGAGGUCAUCAGGCCUCUUCAGGACUUUAUUUUUCUGCGCUGCAUGAGCUGGAAGAAUAAAAAUUUAAAAUACAUUUACUGAAUUUACUUUUACGACAAGAGAAAAUGUUAAAAAGUGUAUCAAUCUGUGUCUGAUAAGGUCACCAAUAAAAAUAUGUUCCACUAAAAUUGA